CAUAGAGAACUGCAGCGCGGCCUCAGCAUUCCCAAACACCUUAAUCUUCUCCAAAUGGCCAAAGCUAAAGCAGCGGCCCCCACCUCCAGUGGAGGAAAAGCAGCAAAGAAGAAGAAGUGGUCGAAGGGAAAGGUCAAGGACAAGGCCCAACAUGCUGUCGCCGUUGAUAAAGUCCUCUUUGACCGUAUCGUGAAGGAAGUCCCCACCUUCCGAAUGAUCUCCGUAUCUACCCUUAUCGAUCGUCUAAAAGUCAAUGGCAGUCUCGCACGUCGUGCCAUCCAACAUUUGGAGAAGGAAGGCCAUAUCAAGCGUAUAGUUCAUCACAGCCGGCAGUUGAUCUAUACCCGGGCGACAGCAGCAGCAGACUAAAUUACCCGGUUCACUGUCUCUUCCAUGUACUAGGCAUAUAUGUAUUUCACGCACGCUAAAAUUCAUGCUAUUCUAACUUCAACUGUCUUACCUGUGCUCUUGUGUGAUUACCGAACAUUCUGUUGUAACAUUCACCUUCUUGCUUAUGCGUAUCAGCGGCGACUUGGUCAUUUGUGUGUUCCGGGUGGCGCUCAGAGUUCAACGCUAAUGGUUUUGAUUCAGAUCGAA